UGGAUCAGUUGGUAAGUGGCUGGGAUGUUGUACCGUGAAGGCUGUCCUUUAUGAAAGCAGAUUCCAUCCUCCGAAGUAAACAACCUCCAACUACGGACUUGCCUUCCGGCGAUAAUCAAAAUGAAUAGUGAAAGCGACGCCUUCAUUGCGCCGGCCGAUCAUUUGUGGAAUUCGAUCGGAACGAGCAGCCUUUGGCGGUGGCGACGAUGGCGAGUGGAUGACUUGAUCAUCUAGUUUUCAUCUGCCUUCGCACUUCCAUAGAACGAUCGUUUUUUCCUUCUCUCCGCCGAGUCCCAAACCCUAGAUCCGUUUCUCCCCCUUUCGCCGCUUCUCGAUUAUCUACUACGCCGGGCACAACGAGCCCCCGCUGAUUCAGAAUCAAAAUGGAAGGAUCUGGUAGAGGUAGCAGUGCUGAUGUUGUCUUGCAAAAUUAUAAGCUAGGAAAGACUCUUGGAAUCGGGACAUUUGGCAAGUUUAAAAUUGCAGAGCAUUUGUCGACGGGCCACAAGGUUGCUAUCAAGAUCCUCAACCGUCAUAAAAUAAAGAGCAUGGAAAUGGAAGAAAAAGUGAGACGAGAAAUCAAAAUUUUAAGACUAUUUAUGCAUCCUCAUAUUAUACGUCUUUACGAGGUGAUUGAGACACAUUCAGACAUUUAUGUUGUCAUGGAGUAUGUUAAGUCGGGCGAGCUAUUUGAUUAUAUUGUUGAAAAGGGGAGGUUACAAGAGGAUGAAGCUCGUUGCUUCUUCCAACAGAUUAUAUCUGGCGUGGAGUACUGCCAUAGAAACAUGGUAGUUCAUCGGGACCUAAAACCAGAGAACUUGUUGUUGGAUUCAAAGUGCAAUGUUAAAAUUGCCGACUUUGGCUUAAGUAAUGUCAUGCGUGAUGGUCAUUUUCUGAAGACGAGCUGUGGGAGCCCAAAUUAUGCUGCUCCUGAGGUUAUCACUGGAAAAUUUUAUGCUGGACCUGAGGUAGAUGUGUGGAGUUGUGGUGUCAUUCUUUACGCUCUUCUUUGUGGUACCCUUCCCUUCGACGAUGAGAAUAUACCAAACUUGUUUAAGAAAAUAAAGGGGGGGCUAUAUACUCUUCCUAGUCAUUUGUCUGCUCUUGCUCGGGAUUUGAUUCCUAAAAUGCUGGUGGUCGAUCCUAUGAAGAGAAUAACUAUUGGCCAAAUUCGUGAACAAGCAUGGUUCAAAAUUCGUCUUCCUCGCUAUCUGUCUGUUCCUCCACCAGAUACGUCACAGCAAGCUAAAAAGAUCGACGAAGACAUCCUUCUGGAGGUGACUAAAAUGGGCUUCGACAAAGACCAGUUGAUCGAAUCUCUUCAUAACAGGAUACAAAAUGAGGCAACUGUUUCGUACUAUUUGCUCGUCGACAAUCGAUUCCGCGCCACGACCAGCGGCUACCUUGGCGGUGAUUUCCAAGAAACCAUGGAGUAUUUGCAUACGAGUUCAAGUGACAUAGCAAUUCCAAAUCGCCUACCAAGUUUCCCUCAAACCGAAAGAAAAUGGACCCUCAGACUUCAGACCCGAGCCCAUCGUGAAAUCAUGACAGAGGUACUCAAGGCUUUGCGAGACCUGAAUGUUUCAUGGAAGAAGAAUGGGCAUUACAACAUCAAGUGCCGUUAUCUUACUGGCCGUGCUGAUGGCGAAGGCAAUGACGAAACAGACGGUGCUGGAAGCAUAACCACGGCAGUGAAGUUUGAAAUGCAGGUAAACCCAAUCACAGCCAUUCUUUCAUUACAAGAGGAUCAACCACGUGUCCUUACGUGUUUUGCAGCUUUACAAGACCAGAGAAGAGAAGUACCUCCUGGAUUUGCAGAGAGUGAGCGGUCCUCAGCUUCAAUUUCUUGAUUUGUGCGCUGCCUUCCUUGCGCAGCUUAGAGUUCUGUAACAAAUUUGUCACUCGCACUCGACUGUCUUAGAAUUCUGGGAAAUUCAGCAAUGCAUUUUUUUUUAAGAAGACA